AUGAAAUUUACCGCUCUUGUUCUUGCUACUCUCACAGCUUCCGCUGUCGCGUACCCCCAAUGCCAGGGAACUGACUGUGCUCUUACCCAGCAAGCUGCUGCCCAAACUGCUGCUCAGACUGCUACCGCUCAAUCUGCUCCUGAACAGACAGUUUCUGAUGAAGAUCUCGUAUCUGAGCAAGCCCCAAUUAUCAUUGAGGUUCCAUCUCCUGUUGAGCAAGUUGCUGCUGCUUCCGAGACCCCAGCCCAGACUGAGCAAGCCCCAACUAUCAUUGAGGUUCCAUCUCCAGUCGAGCAAGUCGCUGUUGCUUCCGAGACUCCAGCCCAGACUGAGCAAGUUGCUGCUCAGACCGAGCAAGCCGUUGCCCAAACUGCUGCUCAAUCUGCUGCCGAACAGACAAUUUCUGAUGCCGAUCUCGAAUCUGUCCAAGCCCCAGCCAAGACCGAAGCUUUGGCUCAGACCGAGCAAACCCCAACUGCUCCCGAGACCCCAGCUCAGACCGAGGCUGCUCCAGUUGAGACUGCCUCUGCUUGCACCGGAUCUUCUUGCCCAUCCAAGGCUGCCGAGCAAGCCCCUGCUGAGGCUGCUCCAGUUGAGGCUGCCCCUGCUUGCACCGGAUCUUCUUGCCCAUCCAAGGCUGCCGAGCAAGCCCCUGCUGAGGCUGCCCCAGCUGAGGCUGCCCCUGCUUGCGCCGGAUCUUCUUGCCCAUCCAAGGCUGCCGAGGAAACUCCAGCUGAAGAGGAUCAGGAGUACAAGGAUCCCGAGGCACCAGCUAAACAGACCGAGGAAGGUGAUGAAGAAGAAGAUGAGGAAGAAGAGGAGGAAGGUGAUGAAGAUCCCGAUGCACCAGCUGAAGGUGAUGAUCUUGAGGAAGAUCAGGAGUACAAGGAUCCCGCACCACCUGCAAAGAAGAGCACUUGCUCGUCUACCGGAAAGUCGUGCACGUCCACCACUGUUGAGGCUCCUGCACCACCUGCUUCUGAGGAUCAGAAGUACAAGGAUCCCGCACCACCUGCAAAGAAGCAUACUCCUCAACCACCUGCACCACAGCAGCAGACUCCAUCUGAGCCAACAUAUCAGGAUCCCGCACCACCUGCACCAAAGCAGCAGGCUCCUCAACCACCUGCACCACAACAGCAGACUCAACCACCUGCACCAAAGCAGCAGGCUCCUCAACCACCUGCACCACAACAGCAGACUUCUCAACCACCUGCACCCAAGAAGUCUUGCACACAAAAGCAGCAGACUCCACCUGCACCUAAGAAGGAGACUCCACCUGCACCCAAGAAACCCUCCCCCAGUAAGCCCCAGUAUUCAGAGGAAGAUGAGGUUAUCGCAUCCGGUGCUUCUGCUACCAUGCUUUCCGGUGCUGCCAUUGUUGUUGCCAUUGCUGCUCUUCUUUAA